CGCAGCGCCGGGGUCGGCCCGCGGGGAGCCCGUCCGCGCUUGACACGGGGGAAGACGAUGAAGCUGUAGAGAUGCUUCCCUACGUCAUCGCCACCCUGGGCUCAGUAGGGGCCCCCUGCAAAACUCCCACAUGCAACAACAACAGCACUACCAAGGACUACUGCUACAGUGCUCGCAUCCGCAGCACUGUGUUGCAGGGGCUGCCCUUUGGUGGGGUGCCCACUGUCCUAGCCCUUGACUUUAUGUGCUUUCUUGCACUGUUGUUUGUGUUUUCAAUUUUGCGUAAAGUUGCUUGGGACUAUGGACGGCUGGCCCUGGUGACUGAUGCUGACAGUGUAGCCUCCGCCCUGCAUUCUGACAACCAUGACCGCUACGAGCGCCUCACCUCCGUCUCCAGCUCUGUGGACUUCGACCAGAGGGACAAUGGUUUCUGCUCCUGGCUGACAGCCAUCUUCAGGAUAAAGGAUGAUGAGAUCCGGGACAAAUGCGGGGUUGAUGCAGUGCACUACCUGUCCUUCCAGAGGCACAUCAUUGGGCUGCUGGUGGUCGUGGGUGUGCUUUCUGUGGGCAUCGUGUUACCUGUCAACUUCUCAGGGGACCUGCUAGAAAACAAUGCCUACAGCUUUGGGAGGACAACUAUCGCUAACCUGAAGUCUGGGAAUAACCUGCUGUGGCUGCACACCACCUUUGCUUUCCUGUACCUGCUGCUGACAGUGUACAGCAUGCGCCGGCACACUUCCAAGAUGCGCUACAAAGAGGAUGACUUGGUGAAGCGAACUCUAUUCAUCAAUGGGAUCUCAAAAUAUGCUGAACCAGAGAAGAUCAAGAAGCAUUUUGAGGAGGCCUAUACCAAUUGCACUGUCCUGGAGGCCCGUCCCUGCUAUGAUGUUGCCCGGCUGAUGUUCCUCGAUGCAGAGAGGAAGAAAGCUGAGCGUGGACGAAUCUACUUCACCAACCUGCAGAGCAAGGACAACACCCCAUCCAUGAUCAACCCCAAGCCCUGUGGCCACCUGUGCUGCUGUGCCAUCAGGGGCUGUGAGGAGGUGGAGGCCAUCGAGUAUUACACCAAGCUGGAGGAGAAGCUCAAAGAUGACUACNNGCGAGAGAAGGAGAAGGUUAAUGAAAAGCCCCUGGGGAUGGCCUUUGUCACCUUUCACAAUGAGACCAUCACAGCCAUAAUCCUCAAAGAUUUCAACGCUUGUAAGUGCCAGGGCUGUGCAUGCCGUGGGGAGCCCAGAGCCUCCUCCUGCAGCGAGUCCCUCCAUGUCUCCAACUGGACCGUCAGUUAUGCUCCUGACCCGCAGAACAUCUACUGGGAGCACCUCUCCAUCCGCGGCUUUAUAUGGUGGAUCCGCUGCUUUGUGAUUAAUGUGGUCCUCUUUAUCCUCCUCUUCUUUCUCACCACUCCUGCUAUCAUCAUCACCACUAUGGACAAGUUCAAUGUCACCAAGCCCGUGGAGUACCUCAAUAACCCAAUCAUCACCCAGUUCUUCCCCACACUGUUGCUGUGGUGCUUCUCUGCUCUUCUCCCCACCAUUGUAUACUACUCUGCCUUCUUUGAAGCACACUGGACCAGGUCUGGAGAGAAUAGGACAACCAUGCACAAGUGUUACACCUUCCUCAUCUUCAUGGUCUUACUGCUGCCAUCGCUGGGCCUGAGCAGCUUGGACGUAUUUUUCCGCUGGUUGUUUGACAAAAAAUUCCUCGCUGAAGCUACUGUGCGAUUUGAAUGUGUGUUCCUGCCAGACAAUGGGGCUUUCUUUGUCAACUACGUUAUCGCCUCUGCCUUCAUCGGGAAUGCCAUGGAUCUGCUGCGCAUCCCUGGUUUGCUCAUGUACAUGAUACGCCUCUGCCUGGCCCGCUCGGCGGCCGAGCGGAGGAACGUCAAACGACACCAGGCCUACGAGUUCCAGUUUGGGGCUGCUUAUGCUUGGAUGAUGUGUGUCUUCACUGUAGUCAUGACGUACAGCAUCACCUGCCCCAUCAUCGUCCCUUUUGGGCUCAUGUACAUGCUGCUUAAGCACCUCGUGGACCGAUACAACCUGUAUUAUGCUUACCUGCCUGCCAAGCUGGACAAGAAGAUCCAUUCAGGGGCUGUGAAUCAGGUAGUGGCAGCCCCCAUUCUCUGCCUCUUCUGGCUUCUCUUCUUCUCCACAGUGCGCACAGGGUUCCUGGCCCCCACUUCCAUGUUUACCUUUGUGGUUCUCGUGAUCACCAUUGUGAUCUGCCUGUGUCACGUCUGCUUUGGGCACUUCAAAUACCUCAGCGCUCACAACUACAAGAUUGACCACACAGAAGUGGAUGCCAUGGACAACAGGCAGAACGGGAGACCUGCCACCAAUCUGCCGGCUCCCAAAUCAGCUAAGUACAUCGCCCAAGUGCUUCAAGACUCCUCGCCGGAGGGCGAAGCAACAGAGUCGGAGGAGCAGGGAUCGCAGGAUGAGGAGCUCAUCAACGCAGAUGGCAUGAAUGACACAGAUUUCCAGUCGUGUGAGGACAGCCUGAUAGAGAAUGAGAUCCACCAGUAGGGACCUCAAAGGGCGGGAGGGGAAGGCGGCCCAGGAGCAGGGCAGGCUGUGCGCACGGAGACCUGGGAAGAGGCACCUGAGGGUGCUGGCUACUGCCCUCACCCUCCCGCCGCCCAGGGCCGCUGCCUUCAGUGAGGGCAGGGACCCUGCUGCAAGCUCUCCAUUUCCCUGCCCCUCCACCCCUGCGCCAGCCCGGCUGCUCGGCAGGCAUGCUCUUUACUAGCUACCUUCUUCAAUGCAUCCCUGGACCCCAGACUCCCAGAGGCUGGGGAGGAGAGGGACCGUAACCCCCGCAGUGCUGCCCUGGACCUGCAGGGAGGAGGAAAGCUGGGUGCUUUGUGGGAAGGGGCAUAAGGGGAAUAUUUGGAGUCUUCUGGGCAGGCAACUGUAUUCCCUGUCUUGCAGGUGAGAAACACUAAUAAUUUAUUAGAUUUACAGGAAGGUGAUAAAUGAAAAACUUCAGUCAGUCUAUUGGAAACCCCACCCAGGGUGGGGUUGGCUUUUGUUGCACCUUCUCCCUGUGCCUGCCUGUGCCCUUUCUCAAUUGCUUCCAGCAUCCAGUUGGUGCAGCAUCCCAGGAGCUGGUCCAGGCCCGGGGGUGGUGACAGGCUUCCCCCUCACCACAAGGAUGGUGAUGGUGACAGCCUGGCCUCAUGGUCAAGGGUAGCAUCACGCUGGGGAAGGGGCACUGGGUUGGCAUGAGCUGGACAAGCCCUCGCAGGGUGAGGGAUGCUGAGGGCAUUUCUUACAAGCAGGAGGAGGCGCAGGCAGCCUCAGCCCCAGGUCCUGUUCCCUCUUCCCCCAGGACAGGGGUUUGCAGCAUCAUUUAAAGUGGCAUUUUUCUUUGCACAUUUUACUCCCCUUUCAAACAAAUCAACCUGACCCCCAUGUGGUACUGCAGUCCCCCUUUUGCUGCCCUGUGUCUGCACAGCAGGGUCAGGCUUGGGGGGUGGGGGGGCUGUGUGGGGGUCUCCUGGGUGCUAGGGAGAGGGGAGAAAGGGUCUCAGGCUAUGGGCCCUCAACACCCUGCAAUAUCAGCACUUCCUGGUUGCAGUGAGGCCCCAUGGGUUUCCUUUCCUGAGCUGCUGCAGGGUCUUCCCCCAGCUGAGGUGGUCAGAGAGGGAGGGAGCCCUGGGAGAGCAGCCCCUAGGAGCUGUCUCCAGCCAAGACUACCAUCUUGAGGAGCACAAAAGCCUCAUGGGGCUAUACUGACUUUCUUCACCUGCCCUGACUGGUGUAGGCUCCCCUGCCACCACCCAGCCUGAGAGAGGGGUUGUUCCUCUCCUACCUCUUGCCCUUGCCCUCUCCCUGUUGAUAGCUGUGUCCCAGAAGCAGGCAGGGAAGAGGAUGGGUGGGAGAGGUGGACUGGAGGCCCUGGCACAUGGAAGAAGGACUGACCCUGUUUAAAGACACUUUGUGAGGUUGUCUCUGGUCAGUAUCAGUUGCCCUCAAUUGCUUCCCCCCCCCCCUCCCCUUGUGUAAAAUGUAAAGGAAAAUAAUAAAUUCCUCUGCUAUUUAGCUAUAUUUAUUUCCCUCGAAUCCUGCCACCAUCCUGUUUGGUGCUCAUUGCGGACACUAUCACCCUCCCUUUGCCUGUCAUCUGUGGGUGCUGCACCAGCUCCCUGGGGCUGUGCCCUCCAGGGCCUGAGGGGCUGGGUGAAAGGGGACAGUCAUUUACUUUUUCAAUCACCCGUGCUGGCCCUGGAGCUCCAAGCACUUUAAUCGACCAGAACCAGUGAAGUGUCAGCCUUGCCCACCUCAGCUGCCAGGAACGAUGGUCACAUCUUACAGCUUUUCUCCCCUGUGCCCCCCCACUAGAGGAAAGGGAGCCAGACCCACAGAGAGCAGGUGGGGGGACUGCUCCAGGGAGGACAUAGCUGCCUUUCCUGUACAAGACCUCUGUAGGAAUCCCAGGCCCAGAGAAAAGGGUGGAUGGAACAGAAGAGAGAUGUGGGUCUUCAGUGCAUGGGGAGGGCAGGCCACACCAGCCUCCAGGGCUUAGCUGGGGCUGGAGCACAUAUGGGUGUGAAGGGGCGUGGUGAGAGUCACCUGUCCCCUCCAAGUAGUGGUCAGGAAUGAAAUGAGCAUGUGAGCUGAGAGUUCCCGGUCCACUUCACAGGCUGGGGCAAGGGGGCUGUUGAUCCUGCUUCCCUAUUCUCACACCCACCUACUGCCCUUGCUCCUGGUCCAGCAGAGGGCUGGGAUGGUCUCUGUAGGUACGGCUAUGCUCUGGGGCUGCCUCUGCAGCUGUUGGGGCCCUGCCCACAGAGAGCUGUGUGUUCUGAGUGGCACUGUCUGUGUAGAGAUGUGUAUAAUACCCUGUAUAUAUUUGUGUACAAAAGAAAAAAGGAAAAAAAGGA